AUGGGGCCUUGUUGUGCCCUAUGGGCAGUGCUCACCCUGCUGAAAGGCCUGAAGGGCCAGACCUCAAACACCCAGCCAGGCGUUCCCUCCGUGUUACGGAGCUUCCAGGAAGACCAGUUCCAGGGGGAAUGGUUUGUGGUUGGCCUGGCGGGCAGCACCCACAGGAAGAUGGACAGGUUCCUGCUGACCCCAUUCACUGCAGUGUUCGAGCAAAAUAAGAACAGCCACCUUGAAGUGUCAUAUGCCAUGACCCGGGGCCACCGCUGUGUCUCCUGGUCGUACGUGCUGAUUCCGGCGGCAAAGCCUGGGGGAUUCUCGGUGGAGAGCAGGGAGGAGCCCGAGGAGGUCCAGGUGUACGACACUGACUACAGCGUGUUCGCUCUGAUGCUGUUCAGAAGACAGUCCAGCGGCCAGAGCGUCGUCAGGGUCAACCUGCUAUGCAGGAUGUGGACGGUCCAGACCAUGGUGCUGGACAAAUUUGUCUGCCUGCUGCAAGCGUUGGGCCUGUCGGACGACAACGUCGUCUUCCCAGACCUGACAGGUAACGGGCCCUCGGGCAGCCGCAGGGGUCGGCACCUGGCACAGGCCCGCACCCGGCAUGGGCCCGCCCAUGGCCCUCGAGAGCCCUACGGGAGCCCAUGGGGGAGUGCCUUCGGCAACCUCCAGUCUCCUCAGGAGUGCGUCUUCGCCGGUCACUGCGGGUCCCUGCGGGUCCCCUCCGUCCUGCCCGUGUGGCCCCCAGCGACACGAGUUCACAGACCCCUCCACCUCCCCAGUCCCCAGAGCCCUGGAGCUGCCAUGAGGGGUGCAGCGGGGGCCCCGGAAGAGAAGCAGUCUAGACACAGGGAGAGCGGCCCCCCGGGAGGGACGGCCAGCAAGGCCAAGCGACCCUUUGGGGCCCCACGUCUGCACCUGAGCCUGCUGGGGGCUUGA